AUGUUUCAGCCUCGGGUUAUGUUAACAUUCAUGGAGAUGCCAAAGAAAAGAGCCAUGGUGGAAGCUGGGAGCCUGGAGGAAAGGUUCCGGUUAAUACCAACGAGCACUAAUACGACUCCUAACAAGGACUCGAAGGGAAACGUGUGGCAACUGAAACCAGGGGAAAAGGAGAAUGAGAAUAAAUUACCAGACCCAUUAAAUGAAGAUGUACAAAAAGGACAAUUUUCUGACACGAGUUCGGAACCAUCAGAAGCGAAAGCUGAAGAAGUACCAAGUAUACCAUUCAUAACACUAUUCCGAUUCGCGUCGACAAGGGACAAAAUCUUCAUAAUCUCGGCGUUAAUAUGUUCAGCGGUCGCCGCCGUCUCUACGCCUGUAAACACGCUGUUGCUUGCAUACUUGCUAGAAGCUAUGGUCAAUUACAGCAUCUUUUCUGAUAGUGAUGCCUUUAUGAAGUCCUUGUUAAACUUUGCUAUAUACAACUCGGCUGUCGGAGCGGCCCUUGUGAUUCUGUCUUACGCUGCCACUACGUUGAUGAACAUCGCUGCUUAUAACCAGGUAUACGUAAUACGUCAAGAGUAUUUGAAAGCAGCUCUAAACCAGGACUUUGGAUACUUUGAUGUUCAUAAAAAUGCAGAAAUCGCUAACAAAAUGAACAGUGAUAUAAUGAAGCUGGAAGAAGGUAUUGGUGAGAAGUUAGCGACGUUUUUCUUCUACCAGGCUUCGUUCUUGAGCAGUGUGAUCAUGGCGCUCGUUAAGGGAUGGAAGCUUGCUCUGCUCUGUCUCAUAUCGUUCCCCGUCACUAUGACCCUUGUAGGCGUCGCUGGAUUGAUAGCUGCAAGUCUUUCAAAGAAAGAAGCUAUAGCGACCGGUAAAGCAGGUGCUAUCGCUGAGGAGGUGAUAUCUGCCAUCAGGACAGUGUACGCCUUCAGUGGCCAGGAAAAGGAGCUCGAGAGAUAUGAAGGACAUCUCAACGAUGCUAGGAAGAUCAAUGUUAAGAAAAGUUUGUUCGCCGGCCUGGCAAUGGGUUGCCUAUUCUUCUGCAUAUUCUGCGCCUACGCACUCUCCUUCUGGUUCGGUUACAGAUUGAUGGUAACUGACGAUUACGAUGUUUCUACCAUGAUUGCUGUAUUCUUCGGUGUAAUGACUGGUUCAGCAAACUUCGGUAUAUCGUCGACUCUGAUGGAAGUGUUCGGAUCGGCCCGCGGAGCCGGUGCGCACAUCUUCAACAUGAUCGACAAUGUCCCCACUAUCAACCCCCUACAGAACAGGGGCACAGUGCCCAGUAAUAUUGAGGGCAACAUCGAGCUGAAGAACGUUGAGUUCCACUACCCAUCCAGACCUGAUGUUCCUGUACUAAAAGGUGUAAGCAUAAAGGUGAAGCGUGGUCAAUCCGUGGCACUAGUUGGCCACUCAGGAUGCGGCAAGUCCACCAUCAUACAACUCAUCUCCAGAUUCUACGACGUCGUCGAAGGAAGUGUCGCCAUCGACGGUAAUGAUGUCCGUGACCUAUCAGUCCGUUGGCUCCGAGAACAGAUCGGUCUAGUAGGCCAGGAGCCCGUCCUAUUCAACACUACUGUCAGGGAGAACAUUCGUUAUGGACGUGAGAAUGCCACUAUUGAGGAGAUAGAAGCCUGCGCCAGACAAGCUAAUGCACAUCAGUUUAUUAUGAAGCUGCCGAAGGGUUACGAUACACUGGUGGGAGAGCGUGGUGCGUCACUGUCAGGUGGUCAGAAACAACGUAUUGCCAUCGCUCGAGCCCUAGUCCGGAACCCGAAGAUAUUGCUACUGGACGAGGCUACCAGCGCCCUCGACACUUCCUCCGAAGCCAAAGUACAGAAAGCACUUGAUAAGGCACAAGAAGGUCGCACAACAAUAGUGGUGGCUCACAGACUAUCCACAAUCAGGAACGUGGACGUGAUAUACGUGUUCAAGGCUGGUCUAGUGGUGGAAUGUGGGAACCAUAUGGAGCUGAUGGCAAGUAAGGGACACUACUACGAUAUGGUGAUGCUGCAGAACCUCCCUGGAAUGGAUGACCAGUCGCCUGAAAAAACUAAAUUGUCUCGCGAGACUUCCAUAAUCAGUGAGAAGGAUGACGAAGACGAGUUCUUGGAAUUCCGGAAUGAUGACAAAGAAGAGGACGCCGCUCAAGCCUCUGACAUUUCCUUCUGGAGAGUGUUGAAGUUGAACAAGCCGGAGUGGAAGUCUGUCACCCUUGCCAGCAUCUGUUCACUUCUGAGCGGUUUCUGCAUGCCACUGUUCGCUGUCAUCUUUGGAGACUUUCUAUCGUUACUUGACGGUGAUGACGAAGAUGAAAUUCAAAAAGGAGUGACUCGAUUGUCGCUGAUAUUUGUUGGCAUCGGUGUGUUCUCUGGCAUUACUAACUUCAUUGUGGUAUUCUUCUACGGAAUAGCGGGUGAAGCAUUAACCAAACGGCUGCGACUGAUGAUGUUCAGUAAAAUGUUGGAGAUGGACAUUGGUUUCUAUGAUGACAAGGACAACGCUACAGGAGCUCUCUGUGCUAGACUCUCUGGGGAGGCCGCCGCCGUGCAAGGGGCUACAGGUCAAAGGAUUGGUACAGUGGUACAAGCAGUUGGUACAUUUGGUUUCGCUCUGGUACUCUCACUGAUCUUCGAGUGGCGAGUGGGUUUGGUGGCCCUGACCUUCGUGCCCAUCAUCAUAUUCGUGCUCUACAAGGAAGGAAGAAUGACUUAUAUCGCUACUUCUGGCACUGUUAAGGUCAUGGAGACUAGUUCUAAGAUAGCCGUAGAAGCCGUAGCCAACGUCCGAACGGUAGCCUCGCUAGGUCGUGAAGAGACCUUCCGUCGUGAGUAUUCGAAGCAGCUCCGUCCAGCGCUGGACACUGCCAUCCGAACGUCUCACUGGCGUGGUUUAGUAUUCGGCAUGUCUCGAGGAGUGUUCAAUUUCGUCAUCGCCAGCUCAUUGUACUACGGUGGAACCAUCGUCAUCAACGAAGGCGUACCUUUCGAAGAAGUCUUCAAGUCAGCUCAAGCUCUGUUGAUGGGUGCUACGUCAGCGGCGCAGGCGUUUGCCUUCGCACCCAACUUCCAGAAGGGUAUCAAGGCAGCUGGCCGUGUCAUCGUACUACUGGGACGACAGUCCAAGAUCACUGACCCAGCUGAACCUGCUGUCAAACACUUUAACGGUACAGGAGAAGCGAGUCUCCAGGGCAUUCAAUUCAGAUAUCCGACCAGGCCUCUGGUGCGAGUACUGAAGGACUUGAACCUGGAGAUACAGCGCGGUAAGACUGUGGCACUGGUGGGAGCUAGUGGGUGCGGGAAGAGUACCGUCAUACAACUGUUGGAGAGGUACUACGAUCCUGAGGACGGCAUUGUGGCUCAAGACGGCGUACCACUUCCGAAGCUAAAGCUAGUAGACGCUCGUCGGGCGAUAGGCUUCGUGCAACAAGAACCGAUCCUGUUCGACCGAACCAUCGGGGAGAACAUCGCGUACGGGAACAACGAGGCACGCGUCUCCAACGACGAGAUCAUCGAGGCAGCCAAGCAGGCAAACAUACAUAACUUUAUCACUUCACUGCCUUUGGGCUAUGACACAAACAUCGGUGCUAAAGGCACGCAGCUAUCAGGCGGACAGAAGCAGAGAGUGGCCAUCGCGCGCGCUCUCAUACGGAGACCCAAGAUGUUACUGCUGGACGAGGCCACCAGCGCACUCGAUACUGAGAGCGAAAAGGUGGUACAAGAAGCAUUAGACGCGGCCAAGGCAGGCCGUACUUGUGUGAUGAUAGCCCACAGACUCAGUACAGUCCGAGACGCUGACGUCAUCUGCGUCAUCCACGACGGACAGGUCGCGGAGAUGGGGACACAUAGUGAACUACUCGAACUUAAAGGACUGUACUACAACUUAAAUAGGAGAGGAUACGCUUGA